UCCAUAGCCGUAACUUCCGAGCCGCUGCCCUCGCUUCGAUCAGGUGGUUUUGACACAACCCUUCCUGAAUCGCCCAAGGACAUGUUUGCUGGUUUUGACACCAAUGCUGCUGCCGCGUCGACCGCGCAUGAGGCAACUAGCGUGGGUGGAGGCGAUAAUCGUGCGUCGAGCAGCGGCAUUGCUGACGAUGGUGCCCGCUUGAUUGAUGAUUUGUUUAUACCUACCGUUUGUUGGGAUCCUCAUGCCCAGGAUAAACGUUACCAGCCUCAAUGGAAGAUUGCUGAAUCUUCCCGACUUAUCUUUCCUCCAGUUGUCCAACAUUGGGUUGAGAGGGCGUACCCCCCCGCUGAAGCGGCGUAUGUUGAGGGGUUAAACAAUGAGGAUUUGAUGAAUUCGUCUAUAUCAGAUUCUGUGACCCUACCUCGCCGGUUGGUAGAGAUACGGCGCCGGUGGGUGCGUGAUAACACCCAACUUCAUGAGGCCCGGGUCAUUAUCCAAGAACUGAGGGAUGACAAGCAUCGCCUCGAAAGUCAACUGCAGACCGCUGGGUUGAAAGAGGCCCGAUUUCUGUCAGAGAAGAAUAAGGCCGAGGAGGAUUUGCGGAGGGUAACUGAACAUCUCGCUGAGGAAAGGAUCUUAUGGGCCCGCGAUAUGGCGGAAAAAGAUAGGGUUUUGGCUCAAGCGAAAAAUGUACAAGAGGAGUUGGAACGCAAGGCUGUGGCAGAGGCUCAGAAGGUUCAGGAGCGGUACCAGGAUUUGACAACCGAAGUAGAGACCUGUCAUACCAAGAUCCGACUGAUGCAGGGAGAGUUGGAGGAGCGUGAGGCAAAAUUCAAGGAGAUGCAAGAUCAUUGUGAUUCCCUUGUCACCCAAAACAAUAAGCUUGCUGCAUCGUCGUCUUCAAAGUUAAGGGAGGUGGAGGACGCGCUGGCACAAUCCCAUGCAGAGAUCGAUGAUUUGACCAACCAGCUAGCGGCUAUGCGGGGAGACAGGAAUUGGUUGAUAACUAAUGGGCUAGUGGGGGCGUUCGAAUUUCUGCGUGAGUCGUCCCACUUUACUAGCCUGAUUGACCGUCUUUCCGCCGCUGCCUACCAAGCUGGUCAUCAUGAUGGUGUACUUAAGGGCUACAUGGACUGCCAGCAAGCGGAAAGAGUCCCGCCGGACUUCCAAACCCUCAAAAAUAAGUUACAGGCUGAUAUGGCGAAGGCUCUUGAAGCUGCGUACACCGAACCUCUACCUUGCUAUGGCGAUCUGAUGGAUAAAGUUAAUGAAGAUGGAAUAGACUCGCUACGUCUGAUGCUGGACCCUGCGGACGAGUCCGAAGAAGACUGACCAUUCCGUUAUUCAUUUGUUUUGCUCGUUG